UAAAUUGUCCCAAAGUGACUAUCAUCGUCCUCUAUCCCACAAUAUUUUCACAUAAUCCGCACACUAACAAAAAUUCAUUCAAUAAAAGAAGCACUACAGUAUCAAAAAUACAUUCAAUAAAAAAACACCCGAGGCACCAAAAAUUCAUUCAAUAAAAAAAAGCACCCGAAACACCGCAGCAGGUGCCUACCAACUGCAGUAUCCCAUUCCUAUAUAAUUGCCCUUCAGCGUCCAGCAUAAGCAUUAAGCACUUCACAUUCACAAAUCAAAAUAUUCACAACCAAAUUCCAGCCGUAAAAAAAGCACUAACUGUAGAGAUUAAUAACUUAAAUUAAGAUGGUUUAUGAGUAUGUUCUUGCUGGCGUCUUGGUUUCUUUGUUGAGUUCUGUUUUCUUUGUCUUCAUAAACACCACCUACGGCGACAAGAAGGACGAAGACAUCUCGAAUGUUUCAGCAACCGGUGUUUUUCUGACGCCGGAGAUUGAGAAAAGUACGGAUGUUGUCAUUGUCGGUGCUGGAGUUGCUGGUGCUGCUCUUGCUUACACUCUUGGGAAGGAAGGACGGCGGGUACAUGUGAUCGAAAGAGACUUGAGCGAGCCGGACAGAAUUGUUGGUGAACUCUUGCAGCCUGGAGGCUAUCUCAAGUUGAUUGAAUUAGGUCUUGAGGAUUGUGCUAAUGACUCCAUUGAUGCUCAGAAAGUGUUUGGCUAUGCCCUUUACAAAAAUGGCAAUGACACAAAACUGUCAUAUCCCUUGGAAACAUAUAGUUCAGAGAUAGCAGGGAGAAGUUUUCAUAACGGGCGUUUCAUCCAAAGAAUGCGCGAAAGGGCUGCAGCUCUUCCAAAUGUGAAACUGGAACAAGGAACAGUUACUACACUUCUUGAAGAAAAGGGCACCAUCCAAGGAGUGAUGUACAAGAACAAGGCAGGAGAGGAGAUGAGAACAUGUGCUCCCCUAACAAUAGUAUGCGAUGGCUGCUUUUCAAAUCUGCGCCGCUCUAUCUCUUCUCCAAAUAUUGAAAAUCCGUCCUGCUUUGUCGGAUUGAUCUUGGAGAACUGUGAGCUUCCUCAUGCAAACCAUGGACAUGUGAUCUUGGGAGACCCUUCACCUAUCCUGUUUUAUCCUAUUAGUAGCACCGAGGUUCGUUGUUUGGUAGAUGUGCCCGGCACAAAAGUACCUUCGGUAGCUAAUGGCGAAAUGGCUCAGUAUUUGAAAACUGUCGUGGCUCCUCAGGUUCCCCAUCAGCUCUUAAAGGCUUUUCUAGCAGCGGUUGAUAAAGGAAUCAUCAGAACAAUGCAAAAUAAAAGCAUGCCUGCUGCUCCUCAACCCACACCUGGUGCAAUUUUAUUGGGGGAUGCAUUCAACAUGAGACAUCCUUUAACCGGAGGAGGAAUGACUGUCGCUCUUUUCGACAUUGUUCUUCUAAGGGAUCUCCUAAGACCGCUAAGUGAUUUCAAUGAUGCACCUGCUUUGUGCGAUUAUCUCGAAUCAUUCUACACAUUGCGUAAGCCUGUGUCGUCUACCAUAAACACAUUGGCCGGUGCCCUUUACAAGGUGUUUUGUACGUCGCUUGACCCUGCAAGACAAGAAAUGCGUGAAGCUUGUUUUGAUUAUUUGAGCCUCGGAGGCGUCUGUUCAAACGGCCCAAUAUCUCUACUCUCCGGUCUUAAUCCUCGUCCGCUCAGCCUGUUUCUCCAUUUCUUUGCUGUUGCUGUGUAUGGAGUCGGCCGCUUAAUGAUUCCAUUCCCUACGCCAAAACGCCUGUGGUUGGGGGCUCGAUUGAUUUUGAGUGCAUCAGGAAUCAUAUUCCCAAUUAUUAAAGCUGAAGGAGUUAGACAAAUGUUCUUUCCUGCAACAAUGCUGGCAUAUUACAGAGUUCCACCCGUUCGUACAAAAAUCGAAACAAGCACGAAGUAUACACUACGAUCAACUAAUUUAUAUCGAAUCAGCAGUUGUCCUCACAAAAAUUAAAAAUCAAGACGAGGGUCAUUGCUGAAAUUAGGAGAGAAAGCAGAGAAAUUAUGUUCCUCAAUCCUUUUUAGCAUUCAUUGUUCUGCAAGAAACUUGUAUCAAACUCUUGCAGUUCGUAGUUAAUCUACACACAAUUUUAUCUAUUUUUGACUUAAUUUGUUAUA